AUGCUUCCGCCUCGAAUGAAUCGGACUCCAGCAGAGGAUCCACUAUUGGAAAAGAAUUCAAGAUUCCUCUCCGAAAAACGUUCAAAAAUUAUCACAAUUUUUCUUUAUGGAAUGAUUAUCUCCGGAGUUCUCACGAUCACAUUAUCCAUUGUGCUGCUCCACAUAAAAGUUCCAGAAGAUCAAAAAUGUGCCAAACGAAUCAUUGGAUAUUUCUCUGACUCCCCAAAUCUCGGAAUCACUGAAAACCAGCUCAAAAAAUUGACGCAUGCAGUUUUGACCAGUGAAUAUUUGACCUCUUCUGGAACGAUUGAAUUCAAAAACAUCGAUGUGAAAAAUCGACUAGAAUCAAUGAAACAAUUAUCUGGAGAAGACACAAAAGUAAUGAUUUCUCUUGGUGGAAAUCGGUUUUUCUCAGAGCUUUUGCAAACUGAAAAAUCUCGCAAAUCACUCGCUUACAACAUUGUCGAUUUUCUCGUAAUUGCUCAAAUUGAUGGCGUCGAUUUGUUUUGGAAGUGGCCGACUGCUUCAGACAACGAUAAUUACUCGAAAUUUGUCAAAAUCCUCCGAGAAACCAUGUUAGCCGAAAACUCGGAUCUCAUACUAUCUGUAACUUCUGCUCCAGCUGGGAUACCUGGAUACUGGCCAGUGGGAUUCAAUUUGGAGGAGAUGAUCAACAAUGUGGAUUUUAUCAACGUCUUCUCAAUGGAUUUCUAUGGGCCAUGGGGUGAGAAAACUGGACCAGCUGCUCCAUUGUAUUAUGGAGUACACCCAAGAGAAAAUUUCACUGUGGAUUACACGAUGCAAUAUUAUGUCUGUAAGCUGAAAGAUCCAAAGAAGUUGAAUAUCGUGGUUCCGUUUGAUGUUAGAAUAUGGGAGAAUGUAGGGGACGCAUUGGAGCCAACCAAGAGCGAGGUGUUCCGGAAAGCCGAGGUGAAAUCCGGAAAAGUGCAAGGAACAAUUUGGGCAUCUCGAAGACAAUCUGAAGAAUCUGGCAUCAAGUUUUCAGAGGCUUCAUGGGAUGAGGCAACUAAAAGUUCUUAUGUUUGGAACCAAAACGAGAAGUGGAUUUCCACGUUUGAAGAUAAAAAGAGUGUUGAAGCAAAACUCGACUAUGUCAACUCCAAGAAAUUGGGAGGAAUUUGGAUCCGAUCAGUGGAUAUGGAUGAUGGAAGUACUAACCUUUUGGAUAGUAUUGAUUUUGGAGAAUACUGUGCUUCUGAAAGUGGCAAUACAGUGAAAUAUCCGUGCUAA